AUGACAGACACAGCAAUGAACCAGACGCCAGGGCUGAUGCUUCCUAUGAAGGGCGAUGGCCCAUUGAGGUUUCUUGGUCCACGACGUGCACGAGCGGCUUGCAACCUAUGUCGAGUACGCAAGGUGCGAUGCGAUGCGCGUGAUGGCCGACCCUGCUUCAACUGCACUUUUGAAAACGUUGAAUGUAUCUUGAUGCCUAAGAGGAGCAGACGCAAGACUCCACAUGGCACGAUCAAAAAACAAAACACCUUGAAACCAGUAAUUCCCGCCAAAGGCGUUGUCGUUGUCCCUGAACCGCCAGCUGUCAAGGAGACAGCUCCACACGAAGUAUACAGCAAUGUCUCACCACCAAGCAAUACGAUCCCAGAAAUUGACCCCUCCAAUACGGAUCCUGCACCCAUCACAUUAGAUAGCCUUCUCGAUGGAUUUGGAACUGGUCCAUUUGCGACAAACGUCGACAAGAUGAAUUGGCAAACCAUCGACACUGGCAGCAUAAGUUCAUCCCUGUCUCCAAACCAGUCGAGUAGCUGGACCGCAGCCGUUGACGUCUGUGCCAAAGAGUCAUGGGAAACACCAGCGUUACCUCGAUUCGUCAAACCUAUUCCAGACCACAUGCCCAAGGAGGAUAUAGAGUAUCUUCAGCGGAAAGGGGCUCUGUCAGUACCAGAGCCUGAUCUGAGGGCUGCGCUUCUCCGAAGCUUUAUCGAAUAUGUGCAUCCCACUCUACCAAUCUUGCAGCUACAAGAUCUUCUUGACAUCUUGCAAGACAACAGUCUGACCAACGAACGGAUCAGCUUGCCACUGUUCCAAGCCAUCAUGUUCGCUGGAGCCCCCUGGGUCGACAUCAAAUUGUUCCGGAGACUGGGAUAUUUGACGAGGAAGGCUGCUCGGAGAGCGCUUUACCUCAAAGCCAGACUUCUGUACGACAGUGACUAUGAAGAAGAUCGUUUGGCCGUUGUUCAAACAGUUGUGCUUCUGACUCUGUGGUGGGAAGGGCCCAAUGAGCAGAAGGACGGCUGGUACUGGUCUGGGGUGGCGAUAUCUGUUGCACGGUCCAUUGGCCUCAAUCGUGAUUCUCACAUUGACCAACAACCCGCACACCAGCGACGAUUGAGGCGAAGAUUAUGGUGGUGUUGUGUCAUGAGAGAUGUGAUAGCAUCCCUUGGACUCAAUCGACCUCUGCGGCUCAAGGAAAGCGAUUUCGACGUGGCUCCACUGACCCUGGACGACUUCGAGAUCGUUGACUAUUGCGGAAGCCAGGCAUUAUGGCUUUGCACGCACGAUGCAAGCAUGCAGGAACGGCUUGCGAAGGUAUGCAUUGAGAUGAUCGCAGUGUGCAGAUUGUUACGUCGCGUGGUCGAGGUCGCAUAUAUUGAGACGCCCAGUGGACAUAUCAGCAUCAUGUAUGAUGUCCAAACCAGUCAAAGCCCAGAAAAAGUCUCGACAUCCAACAUACGACAACCGGACCUCCAGACGCUCGAGUCUGUGGAGGGAGAGAUCUCGGCUUGGAGAUGUUAUGUUAGUCAUGAGGUUUUGCAUGCGAGCCCAACGCCAGAUGACAUUGAUCAAGUCCCAUACUUGCACCGAGCCAUUGUGACGAUCAUGUACCAGACGUGUCGAUUCCUGCUACAUCGAUCGAAAGCCCAACUCCUGGACCAAUUCAACCUUAGACCUACAGACCCCAAAGGAAUUUCCACCAGCUCGAGCCGUGCAGCCACUCGAGCGGCAGCCGCAGAAGUGAAUAAGAUCGCCAUGGAUCUAUACAAGGCAGAUCUGGUCAAGUACCUGCACGCCACUGGGAUCAGCUGCUUAGUUGCGGUCGGAGUGAGCCAUGUCCUGGAUCUGAGGCUGGAGGAUCCGGUCGUUCGGCACAAAGCACGACAACGACUAGAAGAAUCAAAACAAGUCCUUCGAGAACUUUCUGACGCUCACAUCGCUGCGGACUGGGCGAUCAAUUUUCUCACCUUCAUGGAGUCUGAAGUUCAGCCUCAAGACCGGCCCCGAAGACGUCAGUCAGGGAUGAUCGUUGGCAAAAUCCAAUGGGCUGACAAGAAUGGCGCGAUCCCCAUACAACGAGCACAGAAAGGUAUUCGUGGAGCAGAAGCCUUGCCAGAGGAGCAGAGCCGGAUAACGACUUCUUCAGAAACACGGGACCUCGUCGCCGGUACUGAAACCCUCGACAGCAGCGUUUCCCAAACAACUCCAGUACAUUCAACCACGACUCCGGCUGAGAUGACGGCGUCUAUGACGCAGUGGUUGCACCAGUCCCCAAUGCAUUUCCCCGACCUGAUAAAUUUCCCAGAAUCGUGGCUCGAUCUCACGGACAACCAGGGAGCCAUGGCUGGCGUCGACUGGAUUGGUGACUGCUCGUUAAAUAUGGAUCUUGUGUGA